AUGCCUGUUCAGAGCACAGACAUUUGCGAUGAUGACACCGUUGAUGAUGGUGAUGGACAGAGUGCUCUGCGUGGAUUCAGGAAGAGGUGGGCAAGCCGUGACACUGCUUCUGGUGCAGGUAGUCAUGUGGAUGAUGCAAGGUCUGACACUUCAGCUGGCAAAGGUUCUGACAAAGAGGUGGACUUCGAUGUCGGGCAGUUGCCCGUGAUUGACAUGAAUGUCGUAGAUGUCGCACACGAUGAUUUGACAGAACAUGUUCAGGCAAUAGCUGGAUCAAAGAGGCAAAAGAUUCAUGAUUUUGAAAGGGAUGCUUUGAAGAAUACAAAUUUACAGGUCUUCAAGUACCCCUGGGAACGUGGACGCCUCAAGAAGUUUUUCAGCAAUGAGCCUUUAGUUUCUGUCAGGACACCUUCAUUGAAACCAGGUGGACGCAACUUUGUGGGCCUUGAACUUCAGGUAGAUGCCUCUGGACGCGUUUCUGCCACAACCUCAGUUGAGCAGGUGCAGAAGAGUGGUUCAGUGUUUUCUUCAAUUGUCAGAAAGCUGGAUGAUGUUCCGGUCGUACAAGAUCGGGAUGCACAGCGCAAGAGAGCAAUCGAAGGCUGGUGGAACUUGUUGGCUUUUUCUUUGGUGAGCAGCACCAUUGGCUUAAAAGUGUCUGUGGAAGCAACCAUCGAUACUGUGGUCCAGUGUGCUCACAAAAUACUGGAUGCCGUGUUUGCGGUAAAAAGCCCCGGCACGUUGAUGCGCCGACUUUAUUCCAUUCAGUCAUUUGAAGAAUGGUGCGUUGACAAGUUCAGUGAACACUGGCUACCAGUGACGGAGUUUCGGGCAUGGCAAUAUGUCUGCUUUUUGAAGGAUUCAAAUGCAGCUCCAACAAAGGCCGGGAGUUUCUUGGAGGCGUUGAGAUUCUCCUGGUAUUUACUGGGAGUUGAGGGCUCCGGGGAAUGUGAACAGCUCGACGAGGUACUGCGACUCCAUGAAACACUUGCAGAUGCCUCACAACCUCUUGGCGACCGUGUGUUUGCGGGUCACAUGCUACACAUGUUGUAUGGGAGGGCUCGUUGGUCGGAUUUCAGCUGCGUUACGGAUUUGUUCAUCGAUUCAGACUGUCAAUAUUUGGAAUGCUCAACGAGAUACCACAAGGGUGGGCGCAGCGCGGAAAUGAAGUCAAGACUCCUCCCAAUAGUGGCUCCGGCAAAAGGAGUUGAUCACAGCAACUGGGCUGUGCAAUACCUUCAAGUGAGGAAACUUGCAGGACUUGAGUUGAUGCCCGAUCAACAUGGGCCCAUGUUGCCGGCACCUUUGAAUGAGCAGGCAACGUGUUGGGCAGCAAGAGCUCUGACGUCGGAGGAGGGCUCUGCAUUCCUCAGGAAGGUGUUGGAUGCACCAAAGACGACUUCCAGGCGGUUGUCAACUCACUCAAUGAAGUCAACAGUUUUGAGCUGGGCAUCCAAGUAUGGGUUACCUGACACAAGCAGGGCCGUUUUGGCCAGACAUGUGAGCUCGGUUGCAACUGCUACGGCUGUGUACUCACGGGACUUGCUGUCCCCAGUCUUGCGUGAGAUGGACUCCAUGCUUUUAGCAAUCAGAAGUGGGCUUUUCCACCCAGACCGCACCAGGUCGGGUAUGAUGACACCUGUGGGGAUGGCUCAGGCUGCGCCUUUGACUCCUUUUGGUAGGGGUCUCGCGCCAUUGCCGGCCACGCCACAACCAGCACCUCUGACACCAUUUGGCAGAGGAGUUCCUCCAGUACAUGUUGAGUCACUGCAGGAGAAGGCAGAGAAGAUUCAAUCAGAGAUCCCUUUGGAGACACAGACGCCUUUGGGCGAAUGGGAAGCAGUGGAUGAUCUCUUUGGGCGCUCCCCGGUUCCUGCCGAAAAGGAUGCCAGUCCAGCGGACAUAGGAAAUGCAGACAGUGAGACAACAGAGGAUGACAGUGUUCAGAGCUCAUCUGAAAGCGAGGAAGAUGGUGAGCAGGAUGCUCGACAUUUCAACUAUGAUCCUCCCUCAGAUUUUUACAUCAACGUCAAGUCCCUCGUUGUGCAUUGCUGCAGAAACCCUGGUGUCCUCAAGUGUGGGAGGCGAGUGACUCCAAACUUUUCCAAAGUCUAUGAACUCAAUGGCAUUCGAUGCUCGAGAUGCUUUGAUGUGUAG